AUGCAACAGCACUCUGAAUCAGAUGAUCAUUCUCCUGUUCAUGUAAUCUAGUUUUAAGAUAAGAAUACUGAGAUUGAGUCGGAAGCCUUAUGGGAUAGGGAAGAUGGUUAGCAAGAAUAUCAUAUUCAAAUAAACUCUGAUCGAAUUUUAGACAUUUUUCAAUCCAUAGAAUCAUAGAUUGAUCCAUUUACUUGUGUUUUCAAAACAAAUCAAUAGAUGAUUGUAAUGUAUAAACAGAAAUUGCUAUUACUAAAAAGAUUAGGAUAUUUGAUAUGCAAAAAUGAAACAAAAUAUUGCAUAAUUCUAAUAAAAUUAGAGAAUUAGAAUUCAUUAUUGAUUAAAUCUCUUAAAGGAGUAUUAAAUUUAAAUUAAAAAGGACUCUGAAAUAAAUGAUGGUAUCAUGAAAAAAAUAGGAAAUGCAAUUUAUCAAUUUACAGAUAAAAAUUAACAUCUAUCACAUAUUGAUGAAAUUAUGUAAGUAUAAAUUAAUAUAAGACAUGAAGAUUCGAGAUUCAAUCCAUUUCAUUUAGAUAGUUUGAGUGUUGCUAUGAUUUAUAAAUAUCUUCAAGAUAAAAUUGUAAUACCAGAAAAAUUAAAUAUGAAAUAACUCUAUAAUUUAGUAGAGAAAGAACAUGAUAAAAUAAAAGAAGAACCAUUAUUAAUUAAAUCAAUUUAAGUUAGUUAAUUUCAUAUCUUUACAAUUGAGCGUUUUAUUUUCAAUAAGAUAUUUGAUUAGAUGAUGAAUCAAUAUAUAGAAAAAUAUUAAUAGAGAUAGGAAUAAGUAGAUUAAAAGAAAAUAUAAUUAAGAAAAAGAUAUUCUUAAGAAGAUUUAAUAAAUUAAUUAGAAAUUAAAAAUUAAUAUUUACCAAAAUCAUAAAUACCAUAUUUUGAGGCAAUAAAUGAAUUAAAAUUAAUUAGUUUUUAUAAAACUCCAACUGAAAUGUUGAAAUAAUUUCAAUAUGUUUUAGUAUUGAUUAGAGGAGUAGCUUUUGAAUGUAAUCAAAAAGAAGAAAUUAUUGCUAUGGAUGAUGAAUUGCCAAUAUUAAUUUGGAUAGCAUUAAUGAGUGAUGUUCCUAAUCUCUAUGCAAAAAUAUUCUUUGUUGAUGAUUAUAUAUAGGAAAUUGAAAAUGAAAAGCGUAUCUUAACUAAUCUGAGAGUUUCUUUAGAUUAUAUUUCUAAAGAAUGGAAAUUAUGA